UCUUAACGAAAUGCAUAGGUUUGGACAUUCAAAGUUGUUUCCUUCUUUUGGUCUACCUCUGGUUUGGUUGGUAGUUGAUUUAAGUCUCUUGUCAAGGUAACACAUCAAUUCCAAACGACUAUGGUAGGAUAUCAGAAGGAGGAAGUUUAUCUUUACGACCCGCGGGUUCUUUUGCAAUUAAACUUUCACAAAAGUACAGCUAAAUUUGAUCCAUUUAUUUCUGCGGCUGCACCCGGAGAAACGUGGCUAAAAGUACGCCCACUCAAGGAUGGCGACUACGAUAGGGGUUUCUUGCAAUUGCUGUCGCAACUCACAGCCGUUGGGGAAGUCUCAAGAACACAAUUUUUAACGAGAUUCUCCCAAAUGAAAGCAAGUGGUGAUUACUUUGUCACUGUGAUCGAAGACUUGAGGAAAAAUGAGAUAAUCGGUGCUGCUUCCCUCAUCAUUGAACGUAAAUUCAUUCAUGGAUGUUCUAUUAGGGGACGUCUGGAAGAUGUCGUAGUUAACAACACUUACCGGGGAAAACAAUUAGGAAAACUAAUCGUUGUGACUGUCUCAUUACUUGCUGAACAUCUUGGAUGUUAUAAAAUGUCUUUAGAUUGCAAAGAUAAACUCAUACCAUUCUACAAGUCAUUGGGUUAUGUCCUCAUACCCGGAAAUUCAAAUUCCAUGACUAUAAGAUAUGAUGAAUCUCCCAACAGCGCCAAUCCACAUAAUCUUACUAGCAACACAGUAAGCCUCGAAUGUCCAUCUUGACAAUUAGCCCCCAGUGCUGCCGUCAAAUCAAAACUUUAAUCGAAUAAAAUGCAAACAAAAACAACAACAAAAACGACAGUCAUAAUUUAUAAAACCAUCAAUUUAUGUUCUUUUGUUUUGUUUUAUUUUGUGUUUUUUUUAUUAAAGUUUUAACUUGACAAAGAAAAAGUGAGCUACAAUAAUGUUUGUAUAAAUCAACAUCAUCAUCAACAACAACAGAAACCUCGCUUUUUCUAAUCCUUUAGCAGUGCUGGUUCAAGAUUCUAGAAAAGAAUGUUAAAUAUUUAGUUUAAAAUAUUUUUUAAUCUAUAAGAUUCUUUAUUAUAAAUAUUUUUGUUUUUAUUAUUUUAUUUUUUCUCAUUUUUGGUGGUGGACUGUUUGCCAUAAGAAUAAAGAUGUUAAGAUUAAUGAAUAAAAUUAUACAAAUAA